AUGAUGAGUGCCAAUAGAAAGGAUUGGUCAAGGAAGCUUGAUGACACUCUACAGGCUUACCAUACUGUAUUUAAGAAGCCUAUAGAUAUGCCGCCUUAUCAACUUGUUGUUGAAAAAUCUUGUUAUCUUUCCGUAGAGUUGGAACACAAAGCUAUGUGGGCAUUGAAGAAAUUUAACAUGGAUUUGGAUGUCGUAUCAAAGCAAAGGAUGAAUCAAAUAAACGAGAUUGAUGAGUUUCACCUAAAUGCAUAUGAAAGCACAGCCUUGUACAAAGAAAGAAUGAAGAAAUAUCAUGACCAAAAGAUUGAAAAGAGAAUAUUUGCGCUCGGAGACUUGGUCCUUCUUUUUAACUCAAGGAUGGGUUUAUUCCCUAGCAAACUCAAGUCUAAAUGGCUGGGACCUCUAUGA